GUGGUGGAGGCCACUGGUCAGAGGGGGCAGAGAAGGCAGGAGGUCCAUGACGCUGGUUGGCCCCAGGGCCCGUGGGGACCGUGAUCACUGGAUUGAGCUUUCCAGGCUCCUGAGGGUCCUAGCCAGCUCUGAAGAUGCCGACCAACGGCCUGCACCAGGUGCUGAAGAUUCAGUUUGGACUUGUUAAUGACACUGACCGAUACCUAACAGCUGAGAGCUUUGGCUUCCAGGUCAAUGCCUCAGCUCCCAGCCUCAAGAGGAAGCAGAUGUGGGUGCUGGAGCCCGACCCUGGGCAGGGCACAGCAGUGCUGUUCCGCAGCAGCCACCUGGGCCGCUACCUGUCGGCGGAGGAAGAUGGGCGUGUGGCCUGUGAGGCAGAGCGGCCCAGCCGCGACUGCCGCUUCUUGGUCCUGCCACAACCAGACGGGCGCUGGGUGCUGCAAUCAGAGCCGCACGGCCGCUUCUUCGGGGGCACCGAGGACCAGCUAUCCUGCUUCGCCACGGCCAUCUCCCCGGAGGAGCUGUGGACAGUGCACCUGGCCAUCCACCCACAGGCGCACCUGCUGAGUGUCAGCCGGCGGCGCUACGUGCACCUGUGCCCACAGGAGGACGAGAUGGCGGCAGAUGGGGACAUGCCAUGGGGUGUGGACGCUCUGCUCACUCUCAUCUUCCAGAGCCGGCAGUACUGCCUCAGGUCCUGUGACAGCCGCUACCUGCGCAGCGAUGGCCGCCUGGUCCGGGAACCUGAGGCCCACGCGUGCUACACACUGGAGCUCAAGGCGGGCAAGCUCGCCUUCAAGGACUGUGAUGGCCGAUACCUGGCGCCCACGGGGCCUGCGGGCACACUCAAGGCCGGCCGCAACACACGGCCUGGCAAGGAUGAGCUCUUCGAUCUGGAGGAGAGUCACCCGCAGGUGGUGCUGGUGGCUGCCAACCACCGCUACGUUUCCGUGAGGCAAGGCAUCAAUGUCUCAGCCAAUCAGGAUGAGGAGCUGGACCACGAGACCUUCCUGAUGCAAAUUGACCAGGAGACAAAGAAGUGCACUUUCUACUCCAGCACCGGGGGCUACUGGACCCUGGUCACCCACGGGGGGAUUCAGGCCACAGCCACGCAAGUCUCUGCCAACACCAUGUUCGAGGUGGAAUGGCGCGGGCGGCGGGUGGCACUCAAAGCCAGCAAUGGGCGCUAUGUGUGCAUGAAGAAGAACGGGCAGCUGGCGGCCACCAGUGAUUUCGUGGGCGAGGAUGAGGAGUUCGUCCUCAAGCUCAUCAACAGGCCCAUCCUGGUGCUGCGGGGCCUGGACGGCUUCGUCUGCCACCGGCGCGGCUCCAACCAGCUGGACACCAACCGCUCGGUAUACGACGUCUUCCACCUGAGCUUCAGCGACGGUGCCUAUCAGAUUCGAGGCCGCGGCGGCGGGUUCUGGUACACGGGUAGCCACGGAAGCGUGUCCAGCGACGGCGAGCGCGCCGAGGACUUCCUCUUUGAGUUUCGCGAACGUGGCCGCCUGGCCAUCCGAGCCCGAAGCGGAAAGUAUCUGCGUGGCGGGGCCUCGGGGCUGCUACGCGCCGACGCGGAUGCGCCCGCCGGGGUGGCGCUCUGGGAGUACUGAGAGCAGCGGGGCGAGUACAGGACAAUCGCGGGGUCCAGGGCCCAUCAGCCCCGCAUUAAACUAACUGUCGGCGCAGCUCUGCUCUUGGCACUGCUUGGGGUGCUGGGACCCCUCCCCACCCGGCCCCACAGGCUGCCUGGCCUAGGCACACAGCUCCUCCCGGAAAUGGUGAAACCGCAGCUCCCUGCUCCGGCUGACCUGGGAAGCCCCUUACAAGCUUGAGUGUUGUCCCCUCCUGUAAGUCCCGCUGCCCAGGACAGGCAGCGCCCAGGGAAGGGCAGGAGUCCGGGGCUAGGAUGGGGCCAGCCAAGCAAGCAAGAGGGGCUACAGAACCUGGAGCCGGGGUGGGGAAGAGGUACUUUCACCCUCAUGAGGAAGGACCAGCCCUUCGCUUCUCCAGAGAGGCCAGUGACCCCAAGGGCCAAGUAUCCAACAGGGCCCAGUUAACCUUGAAGGCUCGUAAA